AGCUGUCUGGUAGGAACUAGGAAGCAGUCAAGCAGAGUAUACUUGCGUCUUAUUAAUUUCAAUUUCUGAUGGUGAACUGCAAUUGAAGUUAGUGAUUAAUCCUGUAAAAUUACUUGCUUGUUGGACUGCCAAAAUGUGACGCUAUUGAAGGCUAUUCAGUAUUCAGACGUUUCAUCGUUAUCUGUCUAAUGGUUAAUUCUGUGAACCUUUCCCCUGGUGCGUUUGAUAGAUUUCUGAACUACCGCCGGCCGGGUCGCUUUAAUUCGUUUAUCCUGGCAGGCCUGGCUACGGAAGAUCCUUUUUUUCUCCUGCACUUCAUCGUUUCCAUAUCCGUUUAAACGCAGCUGAACGCUGAAGCACGCACUACGCUUAUAAGUACAGUUACGAAAUUGAGCCACCUUUGCAUUAUUUCACCGCUGUCUGAGCGCAGGCGGUGAUUAUGAUUAUUCGCACCAACGCCAAGGAAGAAGGACGUUAUCGAUCGCCUUUACCUGCGGCCUUCUUAUUUGCUUCGCGUCGUUGGUGUGUGGCUGUGUUGAAGCCGGAGAUUAUUUACUAGAUUAUAUUCUCAGCCCCUAUGCAGGCUAUGCCGUUGAAUUCUGGAUUUUUGAAAUGCAUUCUAGCCAUUAACCAUCCGUGGACUGCUGGAUGGAAGGAAUGCAGAACUGUGUUCCCGUAAACGAUAAAAUUCGCUCUAGGACAGUUUUGUGCCAUCUUGAUUCCAUCAUCACUGCUGUUCAAAAACAUCCCCAGUGAAGCUGAGGAUCUCCAGUGCGACAUAUGCCCGCCAUUCUGCAUCAUCUUGGCCUAAAAGAAUUGCGCUUAUCUGGUACCUUUUACCAUGAACGUCGUGCUGCGGCGGAAGUCAGUGAUCAUCGUGGCACUGACAGUGUUUUUGCUGCCGUAUGCCUUGCUAAACACAUGGAACUGGUUUCGGGAGCUUCGGUUAACCACGAGCGAGUUUAUGGCUCGUCAAAUCAGUAUCAGCGACCAGUUGAAUUUACUGAAAGACAAGUUUUCCCACGCGGAGUACUUGCUGCAUUUACGACAGAAAAGACUCCAUUUCCUGAAUAUGACACAAACCCAGCCUUGCAACCGCAAAGUGGAAAAUAAUAGCACUGGUCAUUUAUUGCGUCCAGAGGACAUUUUGUCUCGAGAUGGUCUACUUGAGAUACCGACUGUUUUUCAACACAUGCCACAUAUUUUGGAUAGACCGGAUGCUCUUAUACCUCGAAUACUCAUUGGAAAAGGUCGGCAGCGGGUUUCAUUGGUUAUCGGCGUCCCGACGGUUCAGAGGACUACGCACAAUUAUGUAGAUGAGACUCUUGAAUCGCUCUUACGGAAUCUUAAUGAAAGUGAAGAGGCUGAUGUGGUGGUGAUUUUAAUGGUUGCCGACAUUACCAAUCUGGCUAUAACGGAUGUUUUCAUAAAUGAAUUACGGGAAACAUUUGCACUUCACAUCGAAAAAGGAACACUUGAAAUUCUCGCUCCGUCGCCAAGCUAUUAUCCUGAUUUUGAUAAACUGCCGCCUACUUUGGGUGAUCCUCCCGAACGCAUGAAAUGGAGGACGAAACAGACGUUGGAUUUUGCGUAUUUGAUGAUGUAUGCUCAUACGAAAGGGACGUAUUAUCUUCAACUGGAGGACGAUGUAGUGACGAAACCUAAUUAUGCUACAAAGAUAAAGACCUUUGUGGAUACGGCUAAUGACUUCAUUAUGGCAGAGUUCGCUAGUUUGGGGUUUAUCGGAAAACUGUUCCGUUCAUCGGAGUUGCCGACAUUUGUUGAAUUUAUCCUCCUGUUUUAUGAAACCAAGCCGGUUGACUGGCUCCUCACAAAUUAUCUUUUUGUAAAAGUGUGCUUGGAAUUGUCGGAUACCAAGUACUGUCCAAAAGCAAUGGAGAAAGCGGUCAAAAGGUUCAAGCCAGCUCUAUUUCAACAUAUGGGAGUAGAGUCGUCUCUAAAGGGCAAAGUGCAAAAAUUGCGGGAAAAGGAUUUUGGAAAAGUAGAUUUGUUUGUACCCCAUGAAAAUAACCCGUCUACGAAGAAAAUUUGGACGUCUUUGAAAGUCUACCAGUCGCACUCACUGGAAGAUGCAUAUAAUGGAAAAAACUAUUUUUGGGCUUUGAAUCCGCAACCGGCGGAUACAGUUACUAUAGAAUUCAAGGAUCCGAUUAUUAUCUCCUCGUAUCUUUUCAAAUCUGGGAAUGCCGAACAUCCAACGGAUCAGUUUUAUGAUGCGGUUGUGGAAGUAGCGACUGGCCCGGGAACAGGAAAUGAAACGUACACUUGGGAACAGGUCGGGAACUUUCGACGAGGCAUUGCUGAAGGAGCGCUGGCAUCCAAGAAACCUUCGUUGGCCAUUCGGAUACGAGCUGUUAGCGAAAGUGCUUUCUGGGUGACUUUGAGAGAAAUUUGGAUCCAGACUGUCCAGCGGUGAAAACUGCGAAUCUAUCCUGCUGAUCAAAAAUUUUGCUACUAUACUGUGAUAGCCGCGCAUUACGGUGACAGUGAAGAGACAUGGAUAGUGAUUUGAUAAUUUAACCCAGUUUCUCCCACCGUGGCAAUCUCCUUUUGCGUAAAAGUAAUUACUACAACUGUCUACAUUCGUUAUCUGAUACUAGAACAGUAUGGGACCUGUUGAGAUCGCUCCUUGGGCGCGGUUUAGCAUCCGUCCUGCUGACCAAAGAAAUUCAAUCAUUCUGCAGCCAGUAUGGCCAUAUAUGAGUGCCAUAACUUUUUUGAUCGUUACAGAUUAUUUUCAGUUUGUACUCCAGAUUCUUUUACAGAGUUGAUUACUUCAAUUAUCUCGUUUUACGGUCGUAUCUUUUACGUGUACUAUUUCGAUUUUUGGGGUGCUGAAGAUGAGUCAGUUGGAGAUGCAGUUGAAUCAUUUGUACUCAUGUAAUAAGAAAAUGGAUAGAGCCAGA